UGGCUGUCCCCUGGCCGCCAGAUUUUGACAAAUAAUCAGAUUGAAAAUCAGGGAGGGGAACAGAAGAGGGAAGAAAAAAACCAGAGAGAGAGAGAGAAAAGGAGAAGUGUGCAUUUGUGCCGAGAGUCACCAGGUGGCCGGAGGGAGCCGGUCCGCAGAGAGCCCGCGAGGUCCCCACUGCAGCUGUGGACAGGUGCGGGGCGCACGCGGACAAUGCCACGCUCCUUCCUGGUGAAGAGCAAGAAGGCUCACACGUACCACCAGCCCCGCGACCAGGAUGAACCGGUCUGGCCUCCUGUCCUGAGCCCGGUGGCCAGCGAGCAGGUCCCGAGCAACCACUCUGCUCUCAGCACCACGUUCCCGAACCAGCACCUGGACUGGACUGACCUCAAACAAAAGCCGGCGCUGGAGCUGGACCAGAGCUUGACCAGGAUGGUCUCGGCACCAGAGAGCCCUGUUGUGAUGUCCCAGCCACAAGACAGGGACUCACCACCCUCCGACUCACCCCCGUUCUACAAGCCCAGCUUCUCCUGGGACGCCCUGGCCUCGUCCUACAGCCACAGCUAUCGGCAGGCCCCCUCCACCAUGCAGUCUGCCUUCCUGGAACGCUCCGUCAGCCUGUACGGCAGCCCUCUGGUGCCCAGCGCCGAGCCGCCCCUGGACUUCAGCCUCCACUACUCCCCGGGCAUGGAUGUGUACCACUGUGUCAAGUGCAACAAGGUCUUCUCCACCCCACAUGGGCUUGAGGUGCACGCCCGUCGCUCCCACAGCGGGACCCGGCCCUUCGCCUGUGACGUCUGCGGCAAAACCUUCGGCCACGCUGUGAGCCUGGCGCAGCACACGCACGUCCACUCCCAGGAGCGCAGCUUCGAGUGCCAGAUGUGUGGCAAAGCCUUCAAGCGCUCGUCCACCCUGUCCACCCACCUGCUCAUCCACUCGGACACGCGGCCCUACCCCUGCCAGUUCUGCGGCAAGCGCUUCCACCAGAAGUCCGACAUGAAGAAGCACACCUACAUCCACACGGGUGAGAAGCCACACAAGUGCCAGGUGUGCGGGAAGGCCUUCAGCCAGAGCUCCAACCUCAUCACCCACAGCCGGAAGCACACGGGCUUUAAGCCCUUCAGCUGUGAGCUCUGCGCCAAGGGCUUCCAGCGCAAGGUGGACCUGCGGCGGCACCGCGAGAGCCAGCACAGCCUCAAGUGAGGCUGUGCCCAGCCCCGGCCCCUGGCCAGCCUGUCCUGAGGGCCUGGCACCUGGAGGGAGGCCAGCCUCACGCACCCAGACACCCAGUCUCCUGGAAGCGACACUGGAUGGGAGUCGUCCAGCUUGUUUUGAGACUCACGAAAUUGCUGUGUGACUUUGGGCAAAUCACUUUCCCUCUCUGAACCAAUAGUUCUCCUGCUGUAAAGUGUGGGAGCUGGGUUGGGUCUUUUCUGAGCUGAAGGUAUAAAAACUUGGGUGCCUUCCCCAGGGCAGAGCCCAGAAGGCCAGAGAAGCCCCAUGGAUGCCACAAAAAGACCAGAGCUGGAACCCACAGAGAAGUUCUCCUCGUGCCUCUGCCCACCAUGCUGGAAUCUGGUCCCCUUGGUUUUCAGGGGGCCUCUCUCAGGCUGUCGGGUGGACAGAGCUGCCUCCUGCCCCCGUGGGAUGCCUAGCACCCCUCUGCUUCAGCCAGACCUGCAGGCUACCCCUCACUCUGACCGGCACGCAGCUGGGGUCCAGGUCUGCUGUCAGACCACGGGACCAGAGAAACGGCAGUUACUGCUGUCAAAAGCCUAUUCUCCUCAACUGCUAUAAAUGGAAAUAAAGACACAGAUUUGUUUACAUUCGACUGGCAUUUAUUCAGUGCCUACUGUGUGC